CUGUAAAAAGGAUAAUUCAUGGUUCGUGCACGUUCUGAAACAAGGGGAAUGUUUCUCGCUGGAAAUGAGAUAUAAAAUAUACUGGUUGCUGAAAUGCCAAUUAUUUUAUUGUGUAUUCUCCUGGUGGAAUCUCGUGUUUGGGCAGAUUCGUUACUCAAUUCCUGAAGAACUGCAACUGGGUUCCUUUGUUGGGAAUAUCGCAGAUGAUUUGGGUUUAGAUAUAAAGCAGCUCUCGGCUCGCCGUUUUCGGAUUGUACCCAGUCCCAGGAAACAAUAUGUGGACAUAAAUCUGGAAACUGGCAGUUUAUUUGUCAAGGAAAAAAUUGACAGAGAACAGAUUUGCGGGCCUAGUUUGAGUUGUGUGAUUUCCUUGGACGGUUUGGUUGAAAAUCCCUUAAAGCUGUACCAGGUUGAAGUGGAGAUUCUCGAUGUAAAUGACAAUGCUCCCAGUUUCCCAAAGACACAAAUCCGCCUUGAAAUCUCAGAGCUUUCUACGCCGGGAACAUGCUUUCCCCUCGAGUCCGCGCACGAUCCGGACAUUGGAACUAACUCAUUGCAAACCUACGAGCUCAGUCCGAACGAUUAUUUUAUUCUCGAUGUGCGUAGUGGGGAAGGAAAUUUGCCAGUAUUGGUGCUGCAGAGUUCCUUGGACAGAGAAACUGACUCCAGCCACAUAUUAACGUUAAUAGCCAAGGACGGCGGGGUCCCUGUGAGAUCCGGCACGGUUCAGGUCACAAUCAUAGUGAAGGAUGCAAACGACAACGCCCCUGUCUUUCCCCAGUCAGUUUACAGAGUCAGCCUAUUGGAAUCGGCACCCACAGGGACUCGGGUAAUCAUUUUAAAUGCCACUGACUUGGACGAUGGCCCCAAUGGAGAGAUAAGGUACUCGCUCAGUAGUCAUGCCUCUGCUCGAGUUCGGGAACAGUUUGACGUGGAUUCCAAAACUGGUGAAAUCAGAUUGAAAGGGAAUUUGGACUAUGAAGAGAACAAGGCCUUUCAGAUUAACGUACAAGCAAUGGAUAAGGGUUCAGAUGCAAUGUCCGGACACUGUAAUGUUUUUGUGGAUGUUAUUGAUGUGAAUGAUAACGCCCCUGAGGUGACAUUGACGUCUUUGUCCAGUACAGUCUCAGAAGAUGCUCCAGUUGGAACUGUAGUCGCUCUAUUCAGUGCAGCAGAUAAAGAUACGGGAGCAAAUGCGCAGGUACAAUGUCAAACAUCAAAUAAACUACCCUUUAAACUAGAUUCUUCUUUGAAGAAUUAUUAUGGACUACUUGUUCAACGUUCACUAGAUCGUGAAAAUGCCUCCAAGUAUGACGUCACUGUCACAUGCACAGAUUCAGGAAAUCCCCCUCUCACAUCCAAGAAAAACAUUCGCGUGGAGAUUUCAGAUAUAAAUGACAAUGUCCCACGGUUUACACAGUCUUUAUACACAGCAAGCGUCAUGGAGAAUAAUGUUAUUGGCGCUUCUAUAUUUUCCAUUACAGCCUUUGAUCCCGAUGUUGGUCAGAACGCUCGGCUAAAAUACUCUAUCCUGGAGACGCGAGUUCAAAACGAGUCGGUAUCCACUUACAUCUCGAUUAACUCGGAGACUGGGGUCAUAUUAGCUCAGAGAACUUUUGACUACGAGAAAUUGAAAAACUUUCAGAUCCAAGCUCAGGUCAUGGACUCUGGAACCCCAACACUCAGCAGCAAUGUCUCAGUGAAUGUUAUUAUCCUUGAUCAGAAUGACAAUGUUCCAGUGAUCGUGCACCCAUUAGCCGAAUACGGGUCAACAGCAGUAGAGACAAUAUCCAGGUUUGCAGAACCAGGCUACUUGAUUACCAAGGUAUCGGCCACUGAUGCUGACGCCGGUCAGAACGCUCACCUUUCUUAUUCAAUUUUCCAGGCUACCCAGAAUAACCUUUUUACUAUUUCACCAGACUCUGGGGAAAUUUGGGCUAUCCGUCAUAUUGCCCAUAACGAUGCCUCUAAGCAAAGGUUGGUGAUUGUGGUGAAAGAUAAUGGAACUCCAUCACUUUCUGCCACAGUGACCAUCAUCUUAUCCGUGGUAGGUGGUGACACUGAAAUAUUCUCCAGCGUCAGUGGAUCGUCUGAAGAUGCAGGGUUCACUCCUGAUCUGAGCCUUUCCUUGGUGAUAGCAUUAGGAGUAAUUUCUAUCAUUUUUCUAGUGAUUUUAAUUAUUCUCGCUGUGAAGGUUCAUAAAAGCAGAAAUGCUUUGGGUGGUCAGCACUGUUCCCAGGGUGUUUGCUGCUGCUUUGAAACGAGAAAUUCUCUGAAUGGAAUUCAAAAAGCCAGUAGAAACCUUCAGAUACCCCCGAACUAUGUUGAGGUAUUCGGGGGUGAUCCACUUUCUCAGAGUUUCCGCUAUGAGUCAUGUUCAACAUUGCAGUCAACAAAGAGAGACUUCAUAACCCCCAACACAUGCAGGUCAUCGACAGACAAGAAUUAUUUUCGGAAUGAUUCUGGCAGGAAAGAAAACAUGAAAAUGAGUAAUUCCGAAAAUUGCAGCAAUCAUAUAAAUAGUGAGGUGAGAUGCUUUUAA